AUGCAUGUACACGAAGGAGCGACGGAUCUGUCCGUCGACUCAGCUACCAAUGAGGGCAGCCCAAGAGUACAAGUAAUUACACAAUCACAGUCAUCACCGACGAAGAGAAAGAGGAGUCCUAACCAUGAUUCUGAGGAUGAUUCCAGCGCUCUGUCCAAAUCCACGAGGAAGAAACUGAAAAAGGAGCGCAAAUCAGCCAAGAAGGCGAGAAAGGAAAAACAGCGUCGAGAACGAGACGAGAGACGAAUGGAAAAAGAAUCCAAGAAGAAAGAAAAACGACAGCUCAAGGCACUCAAGAAAAGGGGUCGAAGCACAAGUGCAGAUCAACGGGAGGAGGAGUCCACAAAUCAAGAAAGUGCGCCCAUAGAAGAAGAUGCAGCUUCAAACGACCCUGGCGUUGCUUCUAAGCCAACAAAGAAGAGAAAGAUAACGGAGAUCGAGAGACUGAAAGCGAACACUGCAGAUCGUUCCCAUGAAAGGGGCUCGUCGGUCAACAAUCCUGGGUCACCUGAGAACGACGAGCAAACCAUUUCGGAAGAUGACGCAAAUCCUGGCUACCACAAUGACGCCUCCGUCCACGCAGCUGCGCGUGAUUCCCAUGAUGGUAUUGCCGAGUUAUACCCUUCCACAGAUGAUGAUGAGGAUGCAAACGAGGAAAUUGAAAAAAAUGAAGAGACUGCACCUAGGCCUAGGAGGAAGGAAAGGACACAAGAAAGGGAGAGAAGAAAAGGUAGAAGUCAAAUGAGCGUCAGCAAUCGUUACAGCCCACGAACAUGGAAUGAACGUCUCGAAGCUUUGAUCAACUUCAAACUAGAGCACGGACACACGAAUGUCCCAUCACGAAAUUUUCAUGACCGAGGUCUAGCAGAAUUUGUAGUACAGCUAAAAAACAAUUCUGACGAGCUCAACGUCGAGCAGAAAGACGCACUUUGUGAUUUGGGUUUUGACUGGACCACGGGGCAGGAGAAGAAAGAACGAGCCUGGGACGAAAACCUAGAUCGUCUCGACAAGUUUCACAAGGAGCACAACAACUUUGCAGUCCACAAGUUUGCAGAAUUUAAGAAGCUCCAUGGAUGGCUAAUAUGGCAGCGAAAUCUCCAGCUCCAUGGCCGCUUGAGAGAAGACAGAAAAGAACGACUUGAAGGCAUUGGCUACACUGAUUGGGCAGCAAAAAAGACGAAGAAGAACGCGAGCAGAAUUCCGAAUACCUGGAUGAGACAAUACAAGAACUUGCAGGUCUAUGUCAGGGAAAACGGCCAUUCGAUGGUUCCUCAACACAAGCAUACCGAUAAUCAUGAAGAUAGAACACUGUCCAACUGGGUUCGAAAACAGCGGACACUUCGAAACAAAAAUUGCCUGAGCGCGGAGAAAAUGGCUCUCUUGGAAAAGUUGAACUUUGUUUGGACCUUCGAUACAAGCAAUAAAACUCUACGUUCUGGAAAAUUGAUUGAUCAGCGGAAAGAGUUCGACAUUUCCUUAGACCUACUACGAAAGUACAAAGAGGAAAACGGUUCAAUUGAAGAUGUUCGAGGCGACAUGAUGAUUGGCGAUCGCAAUGUUGGAAAAUGGCUGGCAAAACAAAAGUCAUUGGGGCGGAGAGGUCUUUUGAUAAAUGAUCGAAUGGUUCGGCUCGAGCAGGAGCUUGGUUUGAUUUUCGCAUAA